AUGCACCCGCAGCAGGGGGAGGUGCUGCUGCUGCUGAGGCACAUCCGCCACCCCCUCACACCCUCUCCCCGCCAUCCCCAUGGAGGGGGGGGAGGGGGGGAAGGGGGGCGGGGGCGGAGCUGCGCGUGCGACUGUAGGGCACGCGGGCAGGAGGAACCCCCUCUUGCCACCCCCUCACCCACCACGUUGCAACAGGGCACCGGGGCCGCGGUUAGGGGCGGCAGGUCGCAAGGGGCGAUGGCGAGGGGCGACGAGGCCAUGGCUAGGGACGGGGCCGGGCGCUGGGCAGGUACGGGGCCGGGUGCUGGGCUAGGGACAGGGCCGGGUGCUGGGCAGGUACGGGGCCGGGCGUUGGGCAGGUACGGGGCCGGGUGCUGGGCGGGUACGGGGCCGGGCACUGGGCAGGAACGGGGCCGGGCGCUGGGCAAGUACGGGGCCGGGCGCUGGGUGGUACGGGGCCGGGCGCUGGGCAGGAACGCGGCCGGGCGCUGGGCAGGAACGGGGCCGGGCGCUGGGCAAGUACGGGACCGAGCGCUGGGUGGUACGGGGCCGGGCGCUGGGCAGGUACGGGGCCGGGCGCUGGGCAGGUACGGGGCCGGGCGCUGGGCAGGUACAGGGCCGGGCGCUGGGCAGGUACGGGGCCAGGCGCUGGGCAGGUUCAGGGCCGGGCGCUGGGCAGGUACGGGGCCGGGCGCUGGGCAGGUACGGGGCCGGGCGCUGGGCAGGUACGGGGCCGGGCGCUGGGCAGGUACGGGGCCGCGCGCUGGGCAGGUACGGGGCUGGGCGCUGGGCGCGAAACGGGGCCGGGCGCGGGCUAGGUACGGGGCCGGGCGCUGGGCAGGUACGGGGCCGGGCACUGGGCAGGAACGGGGCCGGGCGCUGGGCAGGUACGGGGCCGGGCGCUGGGCAGGUACGGGGCCGGGCGCUGGGCAGGUACGUGGCCGGGCGCUGGGCAGGUACGGGGCCGGGCGCUGGGCAGGUUCGGGGCCGGGCGCUGGGCAGGUACGGGGCCGGGCGCUGGGCAGGUACGGGGCCGGGCGCUGGGCAGGUACGGGGCCGCGCGCUGGACAGGUACGGGGCCGGGCGCUGGGCGCGAAACGGAGCCAGGCUCGGGCUAGGUACUGGGCCGGGCGCGGGCUAGGUACGGGGCCGGGCGCGGGGCUAGGUACGGGGCCGGGGCGCGGGCUAAGUACGGGGCCGGGCGCGGGCGUGAUACGGGCCGGGCGUUGGGCAGGUACGGGGCCGGGCGCUGGGCAGGUACGGGGCCGGGCACUGGGCAGGAACGGGGCCGGGCGCUGGGCAGGUACGGGGCCGGGCGCUGGGCAGGUACGGGGCCGGGCGCUGGGCAGGUACGUGGCCGGGCGCUGGGCAGGUACGGGGCCGGGCGCUGGGCAGGUACGGGGCCGGGCGCUGGGCAGGUACGGGGCCGGGCUCUGGGCAGGUACGGGGCCGGGGGCUGGGCAGGUACGGGGCCGGGCGCUGGGCAGGUACGGGGCCGCGCGCUAG